UUUUUUUAAGAUCCUCUCGAUGAUGAAUUUAGGAGCGAAAUUUUAUCGUCGGCGAGAAUAAAGUUUUACCCGCGUGACAACUCCUUUCAUUUUCAGUCCGAUCUCGCCAUAAAUUGCGAGAGGCGCGAAGGGAAAACGGUGUAUUUUAAUUAAUCAACGUCCGGAUCCUUUCUCCGAUUAAUCAUGCGGCUGCGCCGGCAUCAAUGACCGAGAGGGAGACAGGCUGGACCCGCCCCUUCGAAGCAGCCCGUGAUACGACGUGAUCGGGAAGCGGAAACAUGUUCGACAUGUUCGCGACGACGGCAGUAUCCUUACUCCCGGUCUCCUCGUGACACCUUCGCGAGUCCUUGGAACUUAGUGCCGCCUCGCCGAAGUCGCCAGUGACGCGGUCAUGAUCUCCGCGACGAGGAGAAACGUAUCUGGUCCUACGCUGGAUCGAGUUAACUGUCGUUCGGAUUAGUGCACGAUCGAUCAAAGAGAGAGAGAGACUUGCCUCUACGCCUCUACGGAGGACGAAUUCGGAUUUAGUGUCCGGUUCGGGGGAAUCUCCCCGAGAAACGCGAGAGACAUGGCGCUGGUGAACUUCAGUUUGCCCUAUCAGUCGGCGACGAUGGCGCCGUUCCUUUACGCGGGCUCGACCGCCCACGCGACCGCCAGCAACCUUCGUCUGAACGCCGUGUUACCGCCGGGGUCUGCGCCCAGUUACAACGAACAAGAAGGCUUCCGAGGUAACGAGCCCUAUGCACCCCCGAUCAAGUACCAUCAGCACCGACGUGGUCAAUCCACGCAGCAGAGGAGUCAGCAGAUUUACACGGAACACACGUCCUUCUCGUCGCAGGACACCCGUUACACCAUGUACAAUCAGGACUUUCGAAGAACUCAGCCAAGGCAGCAACAGCAGCAGCAGCAGCAGCAGCAGCAGCAUCAGCAACAGCAACAACAGCAACAGAUGAGACCACCUCCGUCUCCCUCGUCCUUUCAGCAUCAUUCAUCCGAACCCGUCAAAUCUCGGACGGAAGACCAGGAGAAUUAUCCGGACAGACCUAACGGUUACACGAGGGUUAACGGCGGCAGCUCCGCCGGUCCGGGUAUCAAGACUUCGGUCCACGCUGUGUUGGACUACGACGACGAUUUCGACGAUUACUACGACGACGAGGAGCAGGAGAUACCGACGAACGCACACGUCACGCCUAUCCAGGGUCCCAUCUUCCUGAAGAACGGCUCCGUGCCGGUGGUACCCCUGUACUCGUACCCCCAGCUGAACAACGGGACGUUCGUGCAGAUACCGAUACUCUGGACUGCGCUUUCGGUAGCGCUGGGUGUCGAGCUGAGGGGCGACUUGAUACGAGGCGCGCCAUGCAUCAAGAAAUACCAUCAAUUGUUCUGCCCGACCGCUGGAAAUACAUAUCCAAUAGAACGGAUAGAACGUUUUAUCGACGAAAAUAAAGCACUGAUGAAAAGGAUGUACGGUGACUUCGAGAUGAAUUCGGGAUACGGGUCGAGCGAGCCCAGGCAUCGCACUAGGACGCGAAGAAAAAGUAGGGAAACGCGAAAACUCGAUAUCCCAGACGGCGGGCCCAGAGAUGACGAAUCGGAUGUAGAAAGCGAGAUCGGCGAGGAUUUUUUUAGCAGGAAUAGAAAUACCAGGCAGUCCUUCGGGAAAAACCGCGGCACCGAGAGCGGCAGAAUCGACGCGUGCGAAUCGAAGGUCGAAAUUGUGACGCCCUAUUGGGCGAGCAACAGCGCCGGGAAGAUUCGCGCUAUCGUGAACACACAGCAUUUCGAGCAGGCGAUACACCAAGAAGUGUGCUCGAAAGCGCAGACGAAUCGAUGCAGCGGAGACUGCGGAUGCGAGCAGAAGUACAAGUGGCACAGGUUGCUCGCAUACGACCCAGACAAUGAUUGUAAGGGUAUAUUCAUGGACUGGUUUCUGUUCCCCUCUUGCUGCGUAUGCAGAUGCGACCCGGUCAACAGCAAGUUCUCCUCGUCUAGUGCUCGAAACUGAUCUGAAGGAUUGACACGGAGAUCGAAAGGCGUGCCAUGUAAACUGCGACUGCUCUGCUCGUUCCCAAUGCAUUCCAACGAUUUAUUACGAUGAUUUGUAACAACAAAUCAAAGAUCAGAUCAAGAUCGAGAUCACCUACAGCUUAAUACUGAAAAAUCAAGAAACGUCACAAAAUAUUUAAAAAAUUUUGCAGUGCUUAAAAAUUGCACAACAGAUAUUUCUUUGCCGUUUUAUUAACGAAUUAUUAUUAGUUAUAAGAAAUAUUUACUCAGCGAGGUAUAAUUUCUUUUCAAAUAUAUAUGAUUUAAAUAUUUAAUUAUUCUUCUCUCUUUUGUGUGACUUUUGAUUUCAUUUAUCCUUGCUUUGUUAUAAUUUAUAUAAUAUAUCAAGAUAAUUUUCUUGAUUUUAGAUCUUAGGUAUUAAAAUUAGAGAAAAUCUUAUUGCGCUAAUAACAUUAAUGUUUUAGAAAAUGACGAACGAGGUUAGAUUGUAAAGUAAAAACGUAUUAUUACCGCGCAUUUGUGGAUUCUAAAUAUUUACUUACUAGACCUGUCAGGUUAAUUAAAACAUUCGGCAGCCGAUUGGCGAUUAACGAUUUGUCCGUCACGACUAUGAAUUAAAUUUGUAUUUGUAAAGCAGCGUACAUAAAUGAUUUGAGGCAUCUGUCGAAUGAUCGAUAAAUCGUGAAUCGUGUGUAGACGAUGUCGGGAAUUUCGCAUAAUGCAUAGUGCAGAACUAUUUUUUUGUGAUUCACAGAUUUUAUUUGUACAAGCGGAAGAUAAAUACUAUCGUUUCUAGGUUUGUUUUUUUUUUUUUAGAUAAUUGCCGAUUGAAACUAUAAUGAAGUGUCAUUAGCGAUUUCGCGAUUGAACGUCGACGCGCGCAAAGCGUGUUAUUUUACUUCGUACUUUGUACGUGCGGAGCUCUUCUUUAAUCGAUCAUGAAACGCGAAUGCUCGAGCAUGAGCUGGAAUGAAUCCUAAGAAUAAGUCCUCCUUGAGGAGGACUUAUCUCGCCAUAGGGCACAUAACUCUUUCUUAAAAGUAGCUUCUCUAAUUUUUAUACAUCGCCUUACGUUAAAGCGAUUACAUUUUAAUUUGGGCAAAGUUAUAAUAUAAUCACCUCAUCUAAAUGUCUGUAUCUAAAUGUAAGAAUGAGGAAAAGAAUAUUAUUGUGUGUACGUAGAAAAGGGAUAUAUUAUAUACACGUAUAUAUAUGAA